AUGAAGAUUGCGUGGGUGUUGGGCGCUGCGCUGCUUGCGAUCAUCGCGACGCUUGCUCCGGUUGAGGCCCAAUGUGGCGCUCGCGUUCGCAAGGACUGGGACGCCAUGACGACGGCGGAGAAGGACACGUACAAGGGUGCGCUGGCUGCGGCCAUGGACUCUGGCGCGUACAUCAAGUUCGUGGAAAUGCACACGGAGAUGCAGUCGGAGAUGCAGGCCCACCGCCAGUGCAUCUGCUCCUCAAUCAUGACGGAGCUCGGUGGCUAUACGACUGGAACUCAGCGUACGGUGCGGAUUAACGGUAUCGACAACUCUGGCCGCUGCAACAACGUGUCCCCACUGAACCACUUCUGUCAGUCCGGGACUGUGUCUGGAGCCGCGUGUGCGCGUUGCGUGCCUCGUUCCGACUGGGGAUCGGCGUCGGUCCCUGCCAGCACGAGCUACGCAUCGGUCCAACAGCAAAUCUUUAACGCCCGUAACAUCGGUGAAAUGUCCCCCAACAUCGAGGGCGGCUGCCACAACAACGUGCACUCGAGUCUAGACAGCACCAUGGCGACGUUUGCAGCUCCGGCCGACCCCAUCUUCUGGUCGCACCACUCGAUGGUCGAUGCGCUUCACACCAUUUUCCACAAGUGCCGCGUCGGUACGGAACGCCUCACGUUCGCUCAGAAGGCAGCGCACCCCGUGGCCUGGACUUCGUGCUCGAAAAGAAACGGUGGCCGAUUCAGCCCCACGGAGGUCAUCGUCAUGCGCACGGGUGUCAACGGCAACAACCCGAUCCAGGGAAGUCAGGACCCGCUUAUCGGAAGGUACUUCCAGGGUGUUCCCAACCAGUUCUCGGGUCUCAUGGACGUUCGCGACUUGGGCGACAGCAGCUACACGUACGAGCUCAGCGGCCAGCUUGCAGACAUGUACAACAACUGCGACGGCACGUCCACUCCCUCUCCUACGCCUACGACUGCGGCGCCUUCCAAUGCCCCGCCUUCUCCUGCUCCUCAGAACACCCCGGCUUCGACUGCCGCUCCGGUUCCCGUCACCCCUGCGCCGGCCCCAACUACCAGCGCUCCGGUGCCCGCUCCCGCUCCCGUGCCCGCCCCGGCGCCGAUAACUCGCCGUCCUCGCUUCAGCUUGUUCGACUGGCUGCGCAGUCGCUGGGGCAACGACCGUCGCCUCGAGGCUGAGCACGGAUACAACAACCACGGAGGAGCACACAUUCGUGGCAAGGAUUGUGCGAACACUGCCCUGGGCGACGAUGUCCCCGUCACGAACAACGUCGCUACGCCUACCAACGUGGCUUCAGCCCACGCGCAGGCUCCGUUAAUCACCCCAACUGCCGCCCCUGUUUCCGCUACGGUGGCUCCUUCCCCUCAGUAUGACGGCACCAAGAACAACAACGUGGAUGUGAUCAUAAAGAACAAGAAGAAGUGCGCGGCCGAGCGGAAGGUGUCGGACUGGUACGACCAGACUGUGGCUGCCAUGGGAGGCCGAUGCUCUAAGGUCAUGGCGGACAUUGAGCGUCAGGCGUGCAUGUUCGAGGACCAGUGUCUCGGUGGCACGCCUGAAUACUCGGAGCAGUUCAAGGCGACGUGGGGCGUCAAGGAGCCGCGCUGCCUGACCAUUGUGAACGCCAUCAAGAGCGGCCAGCAGAAGAUCACGUACGACAACUGGCGCCAGGACAUGGAGGCGCACUUCGGCUGCCCCAAGCCUGCGAAUGCCACUCAACCUGCUGACCAGAACGAUGGCUACAGCAAUGUUGAUGACUCUACUGCGGACACGAUUCAAACCGCCCAGCAAUCCGUGGAUUCGAUUCAAAGCGCGGUGCAAUCGUUCUAG